GUUGAGCAAGUGUAUACAAGGUAGGUUUGUUUGGAGGAAAACAGAGAUAGGGACGGUGGUUGUUAAAACGGAAGAGGGAAAGCUGAAGUUUUGGGAAAUAAAUAAGGGAAGGGGCGUGCAGACCUCAUUGAGGCUCCCGAUGCUCCACCCUCAAUACACACUCAUGCUGCUCUCUCCCAAUCUCCUCCAAUGCCUCAUCCCGGCCCUCUGUGCUGUCCUGUGGCUGCUCUGUCGCCUCCGCCAGCGUCGCAAGCCCUCCCACUCCAACUCUCCUCCUGGUUCCUCCGGCUGGCCCCUCCUCGGCGAGACUCUUCAUUUCCUCGCCUCCGCCUACGCUUCUUCCGGACCUCUCUCCUUCAUGGACCGCCGCUCCUCCCUGUAUGGGAGGGUGUUCAGGACGAACAUACUGGGAAGUGAGGUGAUAGUAUCGACAGAUGCGGAGGUGAACAAGGUGAUAUUGCAGAACCAGGGGAACGUGUUCGUGCCGGCAUAUCCCAAGUCCAUUAGAGAGCUGAUGGGAGAACACUCCAUUCUGCAGAUGAAUGGCAACCUUCACAGGAAGGUCCAUUCCCUCAUUGCAGGAUUCCUCCGAUCCCCACUCCUUAAAUCUCGAAUCACCGCAGACAUUCAACGCUCUGUCACAUUGCUAGCUUCUUGGAAUCACCAACCAUUAAUAUACGUUCAAGAUGAAGUCAAAAAGAUUACAUUUACAAUUCUGGUGAGAAUUCUGAUGAGCAUGGGUCCGGGAGAAGAGUUGGAGGCGUUGAAGAGAGAGUUCGAAGAAUACAUAAAAGGCUUGAUAUGCAUGCCCAUCAAGUUUCCGGGAACAAGACUGUACAAAUCUCUGAAGGCGAAGGAGAGAAUGAUGAAGACGGUGAGGAAGAUAGUGGAGGAGAGGAAGAUGGCAACGGAGAAGGAGAAGGAGAAGGGAGCAGCGAGAGAUGCGGUGGACGUGCUCUUAGGGGACAACGGUGAAGAUGGAAACUUGCUAUCGGUGGAGGCAAUAAGCGGCAAUAUCAUAGAGAUGAUGAUCCCGGGCGAAGAGACCCUCCCAACGGCUAUGACCAUGGCCCUCCAAUUUCUAUCUCACUCUCCUCCCGCUCUCUCCUCCUUGCUGGAGGAAAACAUGGAACUGAAGAGGCAGAAGGCAGAUCGCGGUGAUGAUUAUGACUGGAAUGAUUACAUGUCCCUGCCAUUCACUCAAAAUGUGAUAAGUGAAACUCUAAGACUGGCGAAUAUUGUGAAUGCCAUCUGGAGAAAAGCAACCAAGGAUGUAGAAAUUAAAGGAUACGUAAUUCGGAAGGGGAAUUGUGUGGUGGCAUCUCUAAUGUCAGUUCACAUGGACGGAAGGAUAUAUGAAAAGCCAUACGAGUUCAAUCCUUGGAGAUGGGAGAGGAUGGAAGGGAGAAGGAAGAACAAGUACGAGUACAGUCCGUUCGGAGGAGGGCAGAGGCUGUGUCCGGGGCUGGAAGUGUCGAGGCUGGAGCUGUCCAUAUUUCUGCACCAGGUGGUGACCACCUACACGUGGCAUGCCCUGCCCGAUCACAUCUGCUACUUCCCCACGGUGAAGAUGAGCAGGAAGCUGCCAAUCAGCGUGAAGCCUCUGGUGUAUAAUUGAGGGAGGUACGUUAGGCAUAGCGUCACAUCCGCCACCCAAAAAGGUAAUGAAUGCAUGUGCUGCUUCCUUUCUCUUCAAUUCACUGCUCCUCAUCUCCGUCAUAUAACAAUACCCCCUCGUACAUAUCCAUCCAUCAAUGAGUACUUGUAUGUGCCUCUUGUACUUCCUCCCAUUCCUUCUUUGCGUCAUUGCGUGUUCCUUGUGCCUCGUAUUGUAUUUGGCCCCAUUCUCCAUCUUGGAAAUUCUCUUCUCUGUGUUUAUUAAAUGUGAGUGUGACUGUGAGUCUA